AGGGCGGUGUGUUUCCAGCGGGGGGACAGUCCCGAUAAACGGAGCGGCAGGACGGACAGACGCUUUCACCGUGUGUCGAAACAAAUAAAGCAAAAUUAAAAGGAGAAGAAGAGGAAGAGCGGACUGAACUUGACGAGUCUUUCUUGUUUGAGGUCAAAGUUGAACAGUCACCAUGGCAGACGAAGCGGACAUGCGCAAUGAGCUGGCCGACCUGCAGACACGCGCAGACCAGAUAGCUGAUGAGUCUCUGGAGAGCACUCGGCGUAUGCUGGCUCUGGUUGAAGAGAGUAAAGAUGCCGGCAUCAGGACUCUGGUCAUGUUGGAUGAGCAGGGAGAGCAACUGGAGCGCAUCGAGGAGGGGAUGGACCAAAUCAAUAAGGACAUGAAGGAUGCAGAAAAGAAUUUGAACAAUCUAGGACAGUUCUGUGGUCUAUGUUCAUGUCCCUGUAACAAGAUUAAGGGCGGGGGCCAGGCCUGGGGAGGGAACCAGGAUGGAGUGGUGAACAGCCAGCCCGGGGCUCGAGUGGUGGACGAGCGUGAACAGAUGGCCAUCAGCGGGGGCUUCAUCCGCAGGGUAACAAAUGAUGCCCGGGAGAAUGAGAUGGAUGAGAACCUGGAGCAGGUGGGCGGCAUCAUUGGCAAUCUGCGUCACAUGGCACUGGACAUGGGCCAGGAGAUCGACACCCAGAACCGCCAGAUCGAUAGGAUCAUGGAGAAGGCCGAUUCCAACAAGACCAGGAUUGACGAGGCCAACCAGCGGGCUACAAAGAUGUUGGGCAGUGGCUAAACUGCAGCGAAAAGUGCUUUCAUCCCCGUUUAAACCCUACAGGCACCCUAAAAUUAACAACACCAACCAAAACCCACACCCCACACCCCAACACUGACGGCGCCCACUUCCUUGGCUCAACAGCAGGCGCUGCAAAAUCAUGCUUUUAUUGUGAUACUUGUAGAAGUUUGCACACAUGCACAUAUCAUACAUUCCUCUGCCCCCGCCCCCUCCUCUCUCUCAUUCCCGCCCAUCACAUCCCUCAGUCCUUCCCCUCCCCUUAUUGUCAGUGUUGUUCUGUGUUGUCGCUCGUUUGAUUUUGUUAAAAAAUAAAAGUUCUGUCACACAGCAUCCACUCAGACUCUUUCCACACUGUACAUAGUGCUUCUUAACUGGCUUCAUUGAUUUAGAUCACUUGUCCUGUUUUCUUCAUCACUCUUUUUUUAUUAUUAAAGUCUGCGUGUAAUAUAAACUGUAUGUACACCCCCCCCCCCAAAAAAAAAUAUCAGUAUUCUGGUGUUGUCCAUGUAAAGACACACUGUGUAUUCAUCAGUUAAGAUGUCGUGAUGCUACAUGAUGAAGCCACAGUGAUUUGCUGUUAAAAUAGUGAACAUAGAACCCGCACAGCUUGUAACCAAGGCCGCUGUUUAAAUACAGUUAUUUAAUGUAAACGUGGAGCCGCUCAGAUCUUAUUAACAUAGUAGAAUAUGGCUACUCAGUUAAGUAUUUGUAAGUAUUUGAGCCAUUUGGAUUAAAAUAUUAACUUUUUGGUCAUGACUGUUAGUGCACCAGUAUUUUACCAACUCUAUUGAUGGAGGAAUAUUAAAACAAUUUGAUGCCAUAGAUUGUAUAGUGUGUACCUUUUCCUCAGGGAGCUAAAUCUAACCAUUCAAAAGCAAGGGUUGAAGUUUUAAUUGAUACUUCAUAUUUGUAUCAUAAGGCUCAUGGUAUGUGCAAACAACUGCAGUUGCAUGUGGUCUGAACAGCAUUAUUGAUGGAACUUUAAAUAUUGGGCAUUAAUCAUAACAGCUAACACGAUUGCUAACAAAAAAAGGUGGAGCUUUGCUAGAGGUCAUAGUUCAGCAGAAACCAAUUCAGCCGGGUCACAGCCUCUUCACAUUACCAGGCCAGAUUGCUUUACCCAUGAUUCAACCCUGGCAAUAUAAAUAUAUAGUGCAUUAAGUGUGUUAUGCAUGUCCAUCUACUGCUAGAAGACACUGAAUAAUUAAUUUAGCCAGGCAGAAAUAUCCUAACAUGAGCAUGCAACAUAUAUAGGCCACACAGAGGAGAGGCCCAUAUUUAUCUGCGAUAGUGCCACUCUUUUUGUUUCAUGUCUCUUUACCUUUCCAGACUGUGACCAUCACUGUAAAAAAAAAAAAAAAAGAAGAAAAAAAAAAACUUGGAUAAUGCCAAUAAAACCAUCAUAAACGUAGAACCAAA